AUGGUUUUGAGUCAUGGUGAUUUGACCGAAAAGACCAUUGUUUUAGCUCACCGAGGACAGUUAGAAAUCUUGGUCGCUAUAAAGACUGGAAUCCAAGCUUUCCUUCAUCCAACUGUUAGUCUAUCUCAAGCUUCUUUAAUCGAAAUCUUUUUAUACAAAAGAUGUAGAAACAUCGCGUGUGGAAACCAGAUCCCUGCUGAUAACUGCAUGUGUGUGAUCUGUAGCAAGUUUGAUUUUGAGGUGAAUACGUGUCGUUGGAUUGGGUGUGAUGUGUGUUCUCAUUGGACACAUACGGAUUGUGCAAUACAUAAUGCACAAAUUGGGAAUGGUGGGAGUUUGGGGGAGAUGGUUUUUAGGUGUAGGGCGUGUAUGAGGACAUCUGAAUUGUUUGGAUGGGUGAAAGAUGUGUUUCAUCAUUGUGCUCCUUUGUGGGAUCGAGAGGCUUUGGUUAGAGAACUUGAAUAUGUGAGUAGGAUUUUUCAAGGGAGUGAAGAAGUUAGAGGGAGGAAAUUGUAUUGGAAGUGUGGAGAACUUGUGGAAAAGCUGAAAACUGGGGUAGCAGAACCUGUCGCUUCAAAGGCAAUACUCUCGUUUUUCCAAGAGUUUGACAUAGACCCCCGAAAACACGAAGAAAGUGGCGGGGUAAUGGCCCCACAAGAAGAAUUCAACCGAAUAGCAGACGUGGUCCAAGAAUCCAUUAAAAAAAUGGAAAUGGUGGAAGAAGAAAAAGUGCGAAUGACAAAAAAAGCACGUUUGGCACUGGAGGCAUGCGAUCAAGAACUGAAAGACAAAGCGCGUGAAGUAGCCGCCUUAAAAAUGGAAAGACAAAAAAAGAAGCAACAAGUGGAGGAGCUCGAAUGA